AUGUCUCUCCGCUUCGUGCCCCAUAAGGCGCACCCCACCUCCACCUCCCUCGAGACCUCUGCGCCCUCUGCGCCCGGCGUCCACGAUAAUCUCCGCUCGCGCCUCGCCCAGACAACACCCGCCGCCACAUCCUCAUCAACCAAACCCGUCGAGCUCCAGUCUGCACACCCACUCGAAGCCCGCCUUGUGCAAUGGCGUGAGACCCAGGACAAGUUGAAGAUGGAGAUGCUGAGGCGCCAGUUCGGCAUCGCAGAGCCGAUCCGGAGAGGCAUGGAGCUGAAGACUGUCAGGGAGGGCGAGUGGAAGCCGGCUGUGCUGGGUGGAACGGCUGGUGUGCAUCGGGAUAUCUUGGAGGGGAGGGACUGCGAGAUUGGGUGGGAGGAUGUGUUUGUUGGCAGUGAGCUGAGGGAGACGCCUGACUUCCACACUGAGUUGGAGGCGAAGAUGAAGAUGAACUGGUAG